UCACAACCACCAUCACCACGAACGCCACCACGAACGCCUACAAUCCUGCACACAUGGCCACCGCACGCAAGGUCCUCCUCUCCCCGCGCUCCGAUACAGGGGUCUGGAGCACUGGCAUCACCGAAUCUGCAGCUAAAACAGCGAGUGCUGCUCUGCAGGAAGAUCUGGAGAAACAUCAUGUCUACUUCAACGAUAUGGGGUUCCAUGAUCACAUUGCCCAUCAAAUUCUCACUCUCUACGCACUGGGGGCUUCACCUGAUGAGAUCCAGGCUGCCUAUGAUCGGAACAAGACGUAUCAGCGAAAGGCUCUUCCAAUGCACGAGGAUGUUGUUAACGGCCUUCAUCAGAAAGACAAAUUCAAGGACGCACUAGGCAAGGAGAAGAAUUACCCUGAUUUCCUCGAGUUCUUCCAGCGCGAGAUCGACAAAAAGGGUGUUGAGGCUGUUCUUUCUGAGUACCUCUUCAAACAGGACGAGAACGCUGAAAGUAUGAUGGCAAGGUUGUUUGGUGGCCUGCUCCACCCCAUAAUUCACCUCGGCUUCGGUAUCGAGUUCAAUCAGCCGGCCAUUAUCGCCGAGGCCCUCGCGCAAACAGCAAUCCACGAGGACUGGACAGGGCCGCGGUUCCUCUUCCCUGCUGAGCAAGUGGCUGGUGGGAUUGGUAAGCCGGGACGAAAGACCAUGCUGCAGUUGCUUGAGGAAGCGCAGGAAAAUACGAAACUCACCAACUCGGUUCGUUUCGAAGACGGGAACAAGCUCCGUGACGGUGUUCUCAAGAGGGCCGGUAAGGAUAUGAUCGAGCUUGCGGCGCAGUAUACAGUGUCGGAAGAGCAGAUGGCGGAGAAGUAUGCGGAGAUAGUGGAUGUUUCCGUCUACUUCACGGCAGCCUCCCAACGGCCCACCAAAUCGGUCAAGUUCGAUUUCUUCUACAUCCACACCGUCAACUCAUCCAUCUUCUUCGCCAAGAUCCUGGUCCUGCCUUUCUUGCACACGGCAACCAAACUCCGCCUGCUGGAGAUGAAAGGACGCAUGGACUUAUUCAUGUAUGUCUCCCGCAAUGCGCCGCAGCUGUAUCUCGGGGAAGUCACCAAGUACCCGAUAAACCAAACCUGGGAGAGUAUCAUCAAGCAGAGUGUCCAACAUACCCAUGACGACGGGCACCUUGUCAAGCUUAUUCGGGCUCUGAAGCACGGCGAGGCUGUUUGCCGGACUUACGAAGGGCAAGGGAGGGAGAAGGGCCUUAAGAUCACGGGGGACAGCUGGCUGAGGAUUGGCAAUAUGGUGGUAGUUAUCGACUCUGUCCACGGCAGAGGCGAGGAAAAGAUGUGGGUGCGAUCGACGGGAUUUGACGAGGCUUGGGAUGCUGUGGAAGACAGAGCGAGACUCUAG